GUGGAUAGUUGCAAUGCAAGUCUUUACAACCACUGCACUGAUCAAUAAACGAACGUGUUGUUUUACGAACGUUUAAUUAAACACUAAAGUUGCUUUGACUCUAGGCUACACAAAACCGCUACGCGUUUCUUUACACUAAAUACAUGUGCAAUUAACUAAUAUGUUAUAACGAUGGAAUGAAUGUGGCUAAUAUUAAGCCCAGUCUGAUAACACUACUGGUCGAAUAGGCUCGGCUAUUGUAUGUUCAAACGUAGUUGAUAUGAUUCAAAUCUUUAAAUAUAAUAUUGUAAGCGGUUCAGCACCGCUGACGUUACACAGUGUUUGAGAACUGCUGAGAAUUAUCUUUGGGGAAGACACCCACACAACCUUUGAUCCAUGUAACUCCUUGGUUUGAAAGACUGUCACGAGACUGGGUUAAUGUUAAUUUAGGGCUACUUACCAGAGGAUCUUUUAUAAAAUGCUGCAGCUUGGACGUUGAAGAGACAUCUUUAUUUAACAUUUUUUGAACAAGAAUUUCCUCAUUUCUUGAAUUGUAAAUUACAAGAGUGGAUUGAUCCUUGGGUGGAAAAUGGCUUCUGUGACAUUUAGCCCAGAAUCCAAGGAGGUUAAUGGCCCUGCCAGUGAGGAGAACAGAGAGGCGUCGGUGAAUGUGACUGUUGAUGAUGGGAAAGAGGAAAGCCUUGAUCCAGACACCCUGUACCAUCAAAUCCGAAAGAAGAUCACCCCAUUUGUCAUGUCAUUUGCGUUUCGGAUAUUCGGUGUGGUGCUCAUUUUCGUGGACGUCGCUCUGGUGAUCGCCGACCUGUCUCUCCCCGAGCAGAGCCGGCCGGUUGGGAACGCUCUGGAAGGCGUGUCCCUCGCCAUCUCCGUCAUGUUCCUGCUGGACGUCCUGCUCAGGGUCUACGUGGAAGGGUUCAAAGUGUACUUCAGUUCCAAGCUGAAUAUCAUGGACGCCUGCAUUGUGGUCGUCACGCUCAUCGUCACGAUGUUCUACACUUUCACCCAGCUGUCUGGGUCAAGUCUAAUACCCAGGUUGGUGACUUUCCUGCGGGCUCUGAGAGUGGUGAUGUUGGUGCGGAUCAUCAGGUUGGCCGUGCAGAAGAAGGAGCUGGAGAAAGCCACCAGGAGGAUGGUGUCAGAAAACAAGAGACGCUACCAAAAAGACGGCUUUGAUCUGGACUUGACUUACGUUACGGAUCAGAUCAUUGCCAUGUCAUUCCCUUCAUCUGGGAAGCAGUCGUUCUACAGGAAUCCUAUUAAAGAAGUGGCAAGGUUUCUGGACACUAAACAUGAAGAUCAUUACAAAGUCUACAACCUCUGCAGCGAGAAAGGCUACGAUCCACUGUUUUUCCACUACAGAGUGCAUCGGGUCUUCAUUGAUGACCACAACGUACCUUCUCUGGUAGACAUGCUGAAGUACACAGCCAGUGUGAGAGAGUGGAUGUCUGCUGACCCUAAGAAUGUCAUCGUCAUCCACUGCAAAGGAGGAAAGGGCCGCACAGGAACCAUGGUGUGUGUCUGGCUGAUCGACAGUGACCAGUUUGAAAGCGCACAGGAAAGCUUGGAUUACUUUGGCGAAAGACGGACGGACAAAAGCAUGAGCUCAAAGUUCCAGGGGGUGGAGACCCCCUCACAGAGCAGGUAUGUAGGAUACUAUGAGAUUAUGAAGAACACCUACGACAGACAGCUUCCUCCAGAGAAGAGUCUACAAAUACAAAGCAUACGGAUUCACUCAAUCAAAGGCGUGGGGAAGGGGGAUGGCAGAGACCUGUCGCUGAAGGUGAUGGUGAAAAAGGAGACAGUGUUUCAGUGUGUGUGCAGCACACAGGAGAACUGCACAGUUCUUCCAGAUACUGAGAAUAACGCCGUGGUCAUCAGUUUUGAGGAGGGCCCCGUCGUCAGUGGAGAUGUGAAGAUCAUGUUUGCGUCCAGUGCAGAACCCCCUGUACUGUUGUCUUUUUCCCAGGGUCUUCCAAAGGGAUACGAGAACUGCCCCUUUUAUUUCUGGUUCAACACUUCAUUCGUGGAGAACAACAGACUGCACCUGCCUAGAGAUGAGUUGGACAAUCCGCACAAACCUAAAACCUGGGACAUCUACCAGGAGGACUUUGGUCUGACUCUGGCCUUCUGUGAGAUGUAAUUCCAUUAAUCUCCACCAGGGGCACUGAUCCCUGCUGAUGUUUUAGAAUCAGCGAUAUACACAAGUUUGACCUGUCAAACACGGUUUUGUAAAGAUUGAAUAA